AUGCCGGUCAUGAAGGGGUUGCUGGCCCCGCAGAACACCUUUCUGGACACCAUCGCCACCCGCUUCGACGGCACGCACAGCAACUUCCUGCUGGCCAACGCACAGGGCCCACGGGGUUUUCCUAUCGUCUACUGCUCUGACGGCUUCUGUGAGCUCACAGGCUACGGCCGCACCGAGGUCAUGCAGAAAACCUGCAGCUGCCGUUUCCUCUACGGUCCAGAGACCAGUGAGCCAGCCCUGCAGAGGCUGCACAAGGCCCUGGAGGGCCAUCAGGAGCACCGGACUGAAAUCUGCUUCUACCGAAAGGAUGGCUCGGCCUUUUGGUGCCUCCUGGACAUGAUGCCCAUCAAGAACGAGAUGGGGGAGGUCGUGCUUUUCCUCUUUUCCUUCAAGGACAUCACUCAGAGUGGAGGCCCCGGACUGGGUGCCCCCGGAGGCCAUGCGGACAGUAAUCAUGAAAAUUCCCUUGGCAGGAGGGGCGCCAGCUCGAGACUUCGAUCCGCCAGGAGGCAGAGCCGUGCUGUCCUACACCGACUGACUGGCCACUUUGGCCGCCGGGGCCAGGGAGGCACGAAAACCAAUAACGUGUUUGAGACAAAGCCAUCAGUGCCUGAAUACAAGGUAGCCUCCGUGGGGGGGUCUCGCUGCCUCCUCCUCCACUACAGCGUCCCCAAGGCCGUCUGGGAUGGCCUCAUCCUCCUCGCCACCUUCUACGUUGCGGUCACUGUCCCCUACAAUGUCUGCUUCUCGGGUGACGACGACACCCCUAUCACUUCUCGACACACCCUCGUCAGCGACAUCGCUGUGGAGAUGCUCUUCAUCCUGGAUAUCAUCCUGAACUUCCGCACCACCUAUGUGUCCCAGUCUGGCCAGGUGGUCUCUGCUCCUCGUUCCAUUGGCCUCCACUAUCUGGCCACCUGGUUCUUUGUGGACCUUAUCGCGGCUCUGCCUUUUGACCUGCUUUACGUCUUCAACAUCACCGUGACAUCUCUGGUACACCUGCUGAAGACUGUGCGGCUGCUGAGGCUGCUCCGCUUGCUGCAGAAGCUGGAGCGGUACUCACAGUGCAGCGCCGUGGUGCUCACGCUGCUCAUGUCCGUCUUUGCACUCCUUGCCCACUGGAUGGCCUGCGUCUGGUAUGUCAUCGGGCGUCGGGAGAUGGAGGCCAAUGACCCGCUGCUCUGGGACAUCGGCUGGUUGCACGAGCUGGGCAAGCGGCUGGAGGUGCCCUAUGUCAACGGCUCUGCGGGCGGCCCCUCGCGGCGCAGCGCCUACAUCGCCGCGCUCUACUUCACGCUGAGCAGCCUCACCAGCGUGGGCUUCGGCAACGUGUGCGCCAACACCGACGCCGAGAAGAUCUUCUCCAUCUGCACGAUGCUCAUAGGCGCGCUGAUGCACGCGGUGGUGUUCGGGAACGUGACGGCCAUCAUCCAGCGCAUGUACUCGCGCCGCUCGCUCUACCACAGCCGCAUGAAGGACCUCAAGGACUUCAUCCGCGUGCACCGCCUGCCCCGGCCGCUCAAGCAGCGCAUGCUCGAAUACUUCCAGACCACGUGGGCGGUCAACAGCGGCAUAGACGCCAACGAGUUACUGCGUGACUUCCCAGACGAGCUGAGAGCUGACAUUGCUAUGCACCUGAAUCGGGAGAUCCUGCAGCUGCCGCUGUUUGGAGCAGCGAGCAGGGGCUGCCUGCGGGCCCUCUCCCUGCACAUCAAGACCUCGUUCUGCGCUCCGGGCGAGUACCUGUUGCGCCGUGGGGACGCCCUGCAGGCGCACUACUAUGUCUGCUCUGGCUCGCUUGAGGUGCUCCGAGACAACAUGGUGCUGGCCAUCCUGGGAAAGGGAGACCUGAUUGGGGCAGAUAUCCCUGAGGCAGGGCAGGAGCCUGGGUCAGGCACAGCCCCAAGCUGUGUGCUGAAGACCAGCGCUGAUGUGAAGGCGCUGACCUACUGCGGCCUGCAGCAGCUGAGCAGCCGAGGGCUGGCUGAGGUCCUGAGGCUGUAUCCUGAGUAUGGGGCUGCCUUCCGGGCUGGCCUGCCCCGGGACCUCACCUUCAACCUGCGCCAGGGCUCUGACACCCAUGGCCUCAGCCGCUUUUCCCGAUCCCCUCGCCUCUCGCAGCCCCGCUCGGAAAGCCUGGGCUCCUCCUCAGACAAGACCCUGCCAUCCGUCACAGAGGCCGAGGCUGGGGCCGAGACUGGCGGUGGUCCCAGGCCCCGCCGGCCCCUCCUGCUGCCCAACCUCAGCCCGGCGCGGCCCCGGGGCUCCCUGGUCAGCCUUUUGGGGGAGGAGCUGCCCCCAUUCUCAGCCCUUGUCUCCUCUCCUUCCCUGUCCCCGUCGUCCCUUUCCCCUGCCCUGGCUGGCCGGGGCCACAGCCCCUCCCCUCAUGGCCCCCCCAGGGGCUCUGCUGCCUGGAAGCCCCCCCAGCUUCUCAUUCCCCCACUGGGAACCUUUGGACCUCCGGACCUCAGUCCCCGGAUAGUGGAUGGCAUUGAGGACUCUGGCAGCACGGCAGAAGCCCCUACGUUCCGGUUCAGCAGGAGACCUGAGCACCCUAGGCCUCGCUCACAGGCCCCUCCUGUGGGAACAACACCCCGCCGGGAACUGGCUAUGGAGACCGAGGAGGUGAAGGAGAAGGUCUGCAGGCUGAACCAGGAGAUCUCCCGCCUCAACCAGGAGGUGUCUCAGCUUAGCCGCGAGCUUCGACAUAUGAUGGGCCUGCUACAGGCCAGGCUGGGUCCCCCAGGCCACCCAACAGUCUCAGCUUGGCCCCCAGACCUACCCUGCCCUCAGCGGAGGCCUCCAUGCAUCUCUCCCUGUCUGUCCGGACCACCACCUAGCCUCCAGGAUACUACUCUCGCUGAGGUCCACCGCCCAGCCAGUGCGGGGACAGCAGAGAUGGGGAGUGUCCCCUCCGACCUGAGACCCUCCAUGCCAUCCCCCUACCCCUCAGAGCCUGACCCUCUGGGACCCUCCCCAGUGCCAGAGGCCUCACCUCCGACCUCACGCCUCAUGAGGCACAGCUUCCGGUCCAGGUCAGACACGUUCCACUGACCCUGGCCACGGGCCCAGCCUGGCUGGGGUGGGCAUUGUGGCCCGCUGUCCAGGGAGGGGCUGGGCCCCCUGGCCUCCUGCCUCGGGUCAGCAGCCACCAGCUGGUCUGGUCGGUUCUAGAUUCUCUGACCUUUUUAACAAAACCUGGUCACUUCUGACCCUUUCCCUUUUCCAAACCCUCCUCUAUCCUCCUCUGUGAGGGGAGCCACCUGAGGCCGUGGACCCAGCAGGCAUGAGAUGGACCGCGGUGCCCACUGAGAUGGGCAGAUGAGAUGUCUGGCUUUCUCCCCAGGACCUGGAGGCAGGCCGUCACUAAAAGUGGUCUCUUCUGCUGCCAGGAACUUGACGCAGUCCUAGCAGCACUCCUCCCCCCACCCCACCCCAGACCUCAGCCACGCCUGUUCUCCCCUUUCCACCUCAGGGCCCUGACUUCUCAACAACUCCCCUUGGUCUCCAGCUCUCCUUUACCACUCAACACCCUGGGCUCACUUUUGGAUAGAAAAUAAACUCUUUAUUUUUGUA